AUAGUUCACCGCACACGAGGCGCUCAGCGAGAGGAGAUCGGCGUGGUGCCAAGCCGACGGUGCGGUGAUGAUAUGUGUGUAUCCACUUAGGGCAAGGAGCGUGACCUGGAUGUUAUACUGCCCUGCACUUGAGGCGCCGCCACAAACCAAAAUCCGGUCCGAUUUCGUGUCAGCUGGAAUGUUCAACGGCUUGCCGGACGCGUCGCGGAUGAGUCCAAGGCCGAGGUCAGCCGUGAACGCGUGGAAAGCGGUGACGAGGUUGGCGGAUAACGAUAUUGCGGCCGCCGGAUCGACACCUGCUGAAAACUAGGAUAAAGGAAGGAGGGAAAUGGCUUCACGGUGAAGGGCCGUUGGAAGAGCGAGCUUGCUUUGGUAGCCCGGCAUCUGGAAAUGAGCGCGUAUUUCUGAGUACUCUUGCCGACCAUGGCGUUCGUUUAGGCCAAAGUUAAGGACAAGAACUGGUCACUGUGCCAUCAUCAUCCACUUCCGAGACGCAUCCGAAACUUACCAUGUCUCCCUUCGCGAUGUGCUUCACAUUCUGCUCGACCUCCGCCACAUUCCCGUCGGCGCUAAUUAUCGGAACUAUGUAACGGGCACCUCUGCCAGACGUCCAGCGGCGAGAGGGAGACAUGAAAUACGCGGAUGAGGAUCCGAGGUCGUCCAGUCCGACGGCGAGGGCAGGCAACUGGACGGCGGCGAGCUUCGCGCCUUCAAACAGGAACAUAUACGCAGCCUGUGUUGUCAACAUGGGCGCCAGCGUGCUGCUGUGCUUGUGUUUAUGACUUCGAUGGAUGGACUCGAGGUUCGGUCAGCCUGGUCGCCAAGAUGAAUCUGCAUUAGCCUCGCGUUGUCAACGUUGUCCACUCUCGAAUAUACAUCAUGGUGGACCCAGUGCAAUCACUCCCAGCGUAUCACAUCGCCUAUCGUACACGCUGCUCGUUGAUAUUCCACGUAACACCCGACACCCAUCCACGUUUUGUCUGGUAAAGAUCAUAUCGUGUCUGGCCCGGCAUAAUCCAUCCCAGUGAUCUUAAGACCUGCAAGCCCCGAUGGAGACCUUGACUACUCUUGCGGAGCCCACCCACUCUGUCCUGGACUCUCCCAACUCUCCCAGCCCUGGUUCUCCCCCGAACGACGCCAAUCCAUCUUCUACCCCCACCCCGGAUCCCCCGUCCACACCCGCAGCCGCGAUUGACCUUGAGCCCGACGAGGCAUGGAAGGGCUGGCUCCGCUUCCGGAUCGAGCGCAGCAUGAAGUCCGUUGUUGAGAGGGUCCGGGAUGAGUACGAGUCGCGCCUCGCCACCCUUACAACGACCUCCUCUCCCUCCGGCACUGGCUCCAAGCCCUCCGCUUCUCAGCUCUCGGCAGCUAGGGACGAGUACGACGCCGCAAUGGCCGAUAUUAUCCGCUUGGCUCAGACGCAUUUCGACCGUGCGCUCGAACGCGAACGCCAGGAGCGCCGCUGGGCCGCUGGGGCCGAGGUGGAUGCUGAAUGGCAGGCGCAGAUGAUUGCAGAGCACCAGGCAAUCGCGGACCUCAUCGAGCGCGAGAAAAGACAGCUGACACAGCAGAAAGAGCACAGAGGAGGCAGUGGAACAGGCAGAGGACAGUCGCAAUACCAGACGAUCGCAGGCCAGCAACCCCCGCCCAGGCUGCUCGCCAUCCGCCCACCAGAGGCGGUGCCGUGGUUCAGAGGCGAUAACGUAUCCAGCGUCUCGUCGGAUGGGAGCUCCUCUUCGGGCUCAUAUGGGGGGACGCGGCGGCGCCCCCGCCAGUUCCCGAACGACUUUGGUCCCGGGAGACACCUGAAC